CGUAGGAGAAGGAUUGAACGGCAACAACAAAUAUGGAGGUGCCUCUGUUUAACUUCACACCGGAGAGGUACUGGACGGAGGAGAAAGAGAGGGCGCUCAUAGCGUUUUUCUCCAAGCAUAGUUGUCUGUGGAACCACAAGUCAGAGAGUUACAAGAACCGACAGCUGCGAUGGAAGACCCUGGAACACCUGAGGAUCCUUCUGUCAGCUCACCCCCCACCUGUUACUUUCACAGUGGAAGACAUUAAGAACAAGUUUAAGAACCUUCGUACCACCUUUCAGCGUCAGUACAAAAUGGUGAAGGCGAACAAGGUGUGCAGGUCGGACGACGUGUUCCUGCCGCAGUGGAAGCACUACCAGCAGCUGAUGUUCCUGCAGGGCUGCUGGGACCAGGACGACGGCCCAGACGAUCAGCCACUCUCGCUGCUGACUGUUCCACAGGAGGAGAGCCAGCCAAUCCUCACCUCCCCGGGGCUGAACAUCUCCUGUCUCCCCACCCUGUCCACCUCUUCGUCCUCCUGCAUCCCCUCCACCAUGAUGGUUAAAUGUUAUUGGACUGAAGAGAGGGAACGUGCACUAAUAGCUUUCUACUCUGAACAUAACUGUCUCUGGAACAAGAAGUCAGAAAACCACAACAACCGUCAGCUCAGACUGAGGCUGCUGGAGGCUCUGAGGAUGCAGCUGUCUGACCAUUCAGUGUCUUUCUCAGUUGAAGACAUGAAGUGCAAGUUCAAGAACCUUCGGACAGUUUUCAACCGUGAAUACAAGGCGGUCCAGGCUAGCAGGGUGUCUGACAAACCCUACGUGUCCAAAUGGAAACACUAUCAGCAGCUGCUCUUCCUCUGCGAGUCCUGCGACGAAGACGACAGCCCAGAUGACCUACAGAUACUGAUGCCACAAGAAGACAUGGAUCCGGAACAUGGAAACCAAACACCCUCUUCCACCCUGAGCAGCUUCUCCUCCAGCUCCACACAAAUCAACAACAUCAAGUUCGAUCAACUCUCUGUUCCCUCCAGCGAUGCCAACACCAGCCCCGCAUACCAAAUCUUCCUCUCUGCGUCUCCAGAUAAUCUCAAACAAGCCAGCCAAACAACUGCUUCCACAUUCCCCGCCACUCCAUCGACUUCACUACCAGACACCAAACCUUGUGUAAACCCCUCCCCUCUAAAUUUUGCCGGUUCAGUUCAGCCGGACAGCAGACUGAGCACCAACUCCCGCUGUCACUGGAAUGAGGCCAAAGUUCAGCAGCUCAUAUCAUAUUACUCUGGGCACAGCUGUCUGUGGAACCACAAGUCAGAGAGCUACAGGAAUAGGCUGUUGAGACAGAGCCUGUUGGAGACGCUUAGCAGCCUCCUGUCUGACAAUGAGCCAGUCCCUUUCACAGUGGAAGACAUAAAGACAAAGUUCAGGAACCUGCGAACCAUCUUCCAACGAGAACACAAGGUGGUGAGCUCAAACAAAACAUGUGGUUCGGAGGACUUUUACCUUCCAAAGUGGAAACACUACCGCGAGCUGAUGUUCCUCUGUGACUCCUGCGAUGAGGACGAGCGACCAGAAGACCUCCACUUCCAUGAACCGCAUGAGUCCAGUCUCCUCCACCUGGACAGCCAUGCUCUUGCCAGCCAUUACUACAGCGCUAACCAAACUGCUACCAAACUGAACAUCACCUCAGGUAGCCUUAAAGCUCCUCCCUCACCCACUCCCCCAGACUCACAGCACUCCUCCCCCUCCUCUUCCCCCUCUACAUCCUCCUCUUACACUGACAGCAGAGUGUCUGGACGCAAGCGAGCGAGCCGUCAUCUCAAGCCCCCCUCCAGCGAGGUGCUAGACAUCAUGAGGACGUUCUGUCAAAGCCAGAUGGUGUCAGCGCAUGCAGGGUUCCUAAAGUAUGUGGAGGAGUGUCUGAACGAGACACCGCCAGACAAAGUGAAGAAACUGAAAAAGAAGAUAAUUGAGACGAUCCACAGCGUGUCAGAGGAGGUUUAAUGUUUCACAGUUUGUGGAGCUCAAAUCAGUCUCACUGAGGUUUUGUUUUUGUCUUAUUCCAAUAGCUUUCUAAUAGCUAUGAUACAAUUUCUCACCAGCUGUCAUCUCAUUCCAUUGCACCUUGUUUAAAACCUGUAUGAGGUUCUAACAGGGUCAGCAUCUGUCUCCAAAACCUCUGCAAUCCACACAAUGAAGAGCAUGUUAUGAUAAAGCCCUCUACACAUAUUCGUGGCAGAAUUGCUUUAGCGGGCGUAAACUGUAGUUUACAUGUAGGGCGAGCAAAGACACCAGCCUGCCAAACAUUUCAGAAGCACUACCUUUGGAUUUUACACCCCACAGCUAAACUCUGUUUUAGUUUUGACCUUGUGUGUCAGUGACGUUUCAUUGUAAACCUAAUCAGAUGAAGGCUGUCCACAAUGUAACCUUAAUGCUACCUGUUAUGGACAAAAAACUAAUUCCAUGUUUUAGAGCUCCCCCUAGUGUAAAACGCCACCAUAAAAUCACAACCCACUCUUUGUAGGAAGAGUACAGCAUAGCUGAAUGUCAGCAGACAGGGCUACCAGGUGUGAAUGGGCAGAUCAUAAAGAAUGGCACUUACCAACUACAAACACCACCUUAAAAUUACAUUACAAUCUAUGCAGGAAUGUCAUUCACAAAAAUUACAUUCAGCCAUCUUUGCAUUAAUAACAUUAAUAAAUAAAAACUUUAAAAAGAAGAAAAACUAAGGGUCCCAAUCAUCUAUAAAUUCAGGACUCUCCAGUUGUUCCAGCGGCAAUCUGGCUGGCAGCAUUCCGGCUGUUCGACACGCAUGCGCAAAAGAGGGCACACGCAGCACACUGGCGUACAGAAGUAAACAUGAAGGCCACUAAUGUCACUCGCAGUAGGCUGGCUUACGGGAGUAAUCAUUGAGACCGCAGCGCAUAAAGUUAGCUUUACUACUUCCAUGUCUACCCUUCACAAUAAAAGCCCGACUUAAAUUCGCUCACAGCAUUUUGCUAAGAGGCAACUCAAUAAAAUAGCUCACUACACUAACGAAAUUUUUGUAAACACUAGAUAUGAAACAAAAAGCCAGACACUAUAUCAUAUUAAGUUGCUGUGAGCUGUAAUACCACUUAUAAGCAGAAGAUAAUGUCAUCUCAUGGGUAAGGCCUCUCUUACUCUGGGCAGCUGCCUCACCCUGCCAAAAUACCUCUGCUUAUUAAAUCCAUACUUUAAUGUUACUUUAUAACCUUAUAAGCCUGUUUUGAGAUUAACACAGCACAGCCAUCAUUUAACGCUGACUGUGGUGAUAUCAACAUGCAAUAUUGAUGAAAAAAAACAAACUAGAAUGUAGUUUACAAAAUAAAAAUUAAUUCUAGUUUCAUGCCUUUCACCUUUUCAUCCCCUCUGUCUAUCUCUCUGUCUCUCUCUCUCUCUCAAGCACACACACACUCACAUCGCUGGUGCCACCUAUAUCCGUGUCUGUAUUCGGUCUGGUUCUGGUGUUUGAUUAAUGCAUAUUUUUGCGGAUUGACUCGCAUAACAGACAAGAGUAUUUAUUAUUAUUAUUGAGAGGACUCGGAGUAACUGCAAAGCUGCAUUUUCAAUCAUUCAACCAGGGGUUAAAGUGGGCUGGAAACCAUCCGAGGAACUGCCCUCGGGCACGUUCGAUUAAGAAGUAAAUUAAUCUAAUUGGCAGUUCCAUACAUUAGAGUUUUAUACUGCACUGGUACAUGCCAUGAGUUCAUGAAUGUGGAUAGUUCACACAUCUGUAAUAACAGCAGAAUAUUUGGAGUGCUUAGUUCACAUGUCUAAUAACAGCAGAACAGUUGAAGUGCUUAGUCCACAUGACUGUAAUAACAGCAGGACAGUUGAGUGUCUGUUAUCUAAAAUACUACAGUCAGUUUUGAAGUGAGGAUAACGUUGGUAGGCACCUGUGUUUUUCAUCAGAUAAUGAUAAGAUACUGUAUGUCAGAUAAAAUAAGUUUCACUAAAAUGACUAUAUUAUUAGUAUUGGUGAGACUAAAUUAACUGAAAUGUUCAAUGUUAUUAUUUAUUGGAAUGAAUGAUUUGGGCACUACUCGCAAAUACAGCAGAUGUUAGUAUUGGGAUGGACCCUAAAGUAUACAGCCUGUGAGGCUGUAAUGCUCAUCACACACCAGAAAACUGUCGGAGGAAAGAAAAAAAGACUUUUAAGGCUUUAAGGCUGUUUUUAAGGCUCAAAUUCAGCAUAAACUGGUCUUUGUCUGCGUCAAGUGGUCAUUCUUUUUGCAUUUAGUUUGCGAGCAUAUUAUAGUUUAGUCAUCCAGUAACAUGCUAACAGCAUAUGCCUAUGUGACCAUAGGCGUAAGUCAGGACCCCCCUCCCCCUAAAAUAUCAGUAAAACAGUGUAUUGUAAAUUAUAUACUGUGUACUUGAAAUAAUUGUGUAAGUAGUAUAACAUUACUGACGCAAAUGGGGCAAAAAAAAUUUUUUCAAUUUAACAUGCAUAAGUUAGCAUCUCAGUCAUAAUAGAGGCAUGAACCAAAGUGUUUGACAAGUGGACAUUUUUAUCUGUUGGUGGAAGAAGACAGGUCAGGAUCACCAAAACCACGUUGUUCAGGACCAUGUUGACUUACAUCUUUGUAUGGAUACCGCUUUUAAUGGUAAAACCACACCUGAAUUUCACCUAACUUCAAUAGAUGGACAUAUUCUUAAAGCACAACAGUAUUUUAAAAUAUGUUGUUGACUGUUUUUGCCAAAACUUCCUCCAGAGAGCCUUUCCAAAAAAUAAAAAAAAAUAAAAAAUCACACAAUGUUUUUAACUUCAGCUUCAUUCCCUGUGCUCAAACUACACUUUUGUCCUACUGUGUGGUUUUAAUUUCACGGUGAUGAGAUCAAUUCCAAAAAGACAUUCUGGCACCAUUUAAGUAUUUUAGAGUUUAUAUAAAUCCAUUUUUAAAGAGAUGUUUUAAUAUUCAGGGCUGUAUUUACAGUAAAAUGUUACAGAAUUUAGUCAUAAAAGAAUGUUACACUUUUGUUUUCUGAAGUGCUGAAAUUCAGAAAAGAUGAUCGAACAAAUGUCUGACCUGUAAUGUGACCCUUUCAUUUAUUAGCGUUAGCCCUUAUGUCACAAAACUAAUUUGGAAAUGUUGAGUUGGAAAACCUGCACUGUCAGUAGGAAAUGAUAACAUAUAAUGUAAAAUUCUAAUCAAACUUAA